AUGUCUGCAGGCAAAAAAGCACUUAUGUCCUCAGAUAAAAAAAACACAGCUUUAAUCAAAAAUAAGAAGACCUAUAAUGAUCAGAACAAGAUUGACAAGAGUCAUAAUCUUGUUGAAAGUCUUAAUUAUAAUGACAUUAAUGAUUUUAAUAAACCCUCUCAAUCAAGAGAUUUUUUGUCAAGAUGUUCUCGUUCUCGAUCACUGUCUUCUCAAUCAAGAAAUUUUCUGUCGAGAUGUUCUCAUUCUCAUUCUUGCAGAGUAAGACGUCCUCGUCUAAAUAUUCACAAACAAGCUAAGCUUGCAAAUAAUCUUUCAAUUAAUAAUAACCUUAAGAACAAUGAAGAUGUUUUAAUUAAUAACAAUUUUGAAGAUAGUAAUAAAGAUGGCAACUUUAAAGACUUGCCAAUUAAUAAUGAUAGCUUCGAAUAUAAUAAUAUUGAUGGCAGUCUUGAAGACAUUUCUAGUGACAAUAGUAGUGAUGAUCUUGAAGAUAU